AUGCCGGUCGAGGAACGGGACGCGACGCGCGCGUCGGGCGAACGGGAGACGACGACGGGGCGAACGACGAGCGAGACGACGAAACCAUCGGCGUUUAAGAAGCGCGGCGGGACGACGAGAGCGAACGCGAGGAAGCGAGCGAAGGAGUCCGAGAGCGACGACGCGAAUGAGAGCGAUCAUGAUGACGAUAACGAGCCGGAGAGAGCGCGGAAGCGGCGACAGGGAGGGAUCGCGGCGAGCUCGCGCGAGGUAAAGGGAGGCGCGUACGAACGCUUUGCAUUCGAGGGGACGCGCGCGGUUGGCGCGCGCGGCGACAUGGGAGCGACGGCACAGCUGGAGAUCAACACGGCGAAGGAAAUGGAUGGACGGACGAUGCGAGAGCAGGUGCUGAGGCAGGCGGUGGAACGCGCGGACGGGUUCGAGGACGAUAAGAAGUAUAGAGGCACGAAUGCCUACGUCGAUUACAGAGCUGGUUUCAGGCGCGAACAAACCAUCGCGAGCGAGAAAGGACGUGGCGCGCACGGUCCCAUGCGAGCGGCGACGAACGUGCGGUCGACAUUUGUUAUGGAUUACAAGCCGGACAUUUGCAAGGAUUACAAACAAACCGGCUUCUGCGGCUGGGGGGACGCGUGUAAAUUUUUACAUGACAGAGGCGAUUAUAAGCAAGGUUGGCAGUUAGACCGAGAUUGGGAGCUCAAGGAGAAGGCGAGAAAGGCGGCCGAGGCGAAGAUGGCCGCUCUGGGCGAAGAUGGCGCCGCGGACAAUUCCGAAGAAGAGCUCGAAAACGAUCUUCCGGAGUCGUGCUCGAUUUGCAACACUCCCUGGCUUGACGCAAAGUUUCCGGUGGCGACAUCGUGUGGACACUGCUUCUGUGAACGCUGCGCCCUGCAACACAACGCAAAGGAUACGACGUGCUUUACGUGUGGUAAAGAUACUGGUGGGACUUUUAACGCCGCGAAGGACAUUAUCAAACGCGUGAAAGAGUGCAAGGCUACCGGUCGAGCGUGGCGCGAGCGGCGAAAAAGCGAAAAGCGCCUCGACGACAAACCCGCGUCCAACUCCGCGGGAUGGGUUCUCGGUUAG